AAACUAAGCGGCCGCCUGUUUGAUCUAAGUGGCGGGGGUUGAAGUGGAGGAUAACAACGGGAAGGGUGGGAUCACCGUGGAAUCCACGGAGGCACCGCCCGACCCUGCAACCACCGCCACCUUCCCGAGGAGACCCCGCCCGCCCCGUCCAUUGAGCACGCGGCCCGACCGCUGGCCGGGCCCCAUCCCGUGACGCAGCAGCUGCCGGGGCGGGUCCCGCCCUGCGCAUGCGCCCGGCUUGGAGCUCCAGGGUGGCUGCCGCGCGCCCCGCCUUCCCGCCUGCCGUAGGUGCUGGGGGUUCUGUACUGCAAUGACAAGGUCAAGACUGUGGUUGUUACAACAUCAUAUAUUUAAUAACAACAUGAACAUUUGAAUUAAAUGCAAAUCUGCAUGUGAUCUUCAACUUCAGAACAAACUCACCUAGCCUUAUUCUUUCCUGUCACCUCUGCUGCUCAGGCCAGCAUUGCUGUGCCUUUCUGCUGAUUACCUUGUCUGGAAACAGUCAUGGCUGAUGACUCGCAGAGGAACUUUCGCUCAGUAUAUUAUGAAAAAGUGGGCUUUCGUGGAGUUGAAGAGAAGAAAUCACUGGAAAUUCUGUUAAAAGAUGACCGAUUGGAUAUCGAGAAGCUUUGCACAUUUAGUCAAAGGUUUCCUUUGCCAUCCAUGUAUCGUAUACUGGUGUGGAAGGUGCUUUUAGGAAUUAUUCCUCCUCACCAUGAAUCUCAUGCUUUGGUGAUGAAGUACCGGAAGGAGCAGUACUGGGAUUUACACCACGCUCUUUGUGUAAUUCGUUUUAUUAAUGAUUCUACCCCACAGGUAGAUGUUUUUCUCCGCAUACAUCAACUGGAAUCAGGAAAAUUGCCUCGAAACUCAGCUUUUCCAUUGGAGCCUGAAGAUGAAGUGUUCCUUGCUAUUGCUAAAGCAAUGGAGGAAAUGGUGGAGGAUCCUAUAGAAUGCUAUUGGCUUGUCAGUUGCUUUGUUAAUCAGCUGAACAGCAAGCACAAAGAUUCAUUACAACAAUUGCCAAAAAUUCUGGAGCAGUAUUUGAGCAUUGAAGAUAACAGACUCCUGAUGCAUCUGAAAGCAUGUACUGCAAUGAGCAAGCUCCCUUAUGAUCUUUGGUUCAAGAAGUGUUUUGCAGGCUGUUUACCUGAGUCUAGUUUACAGAGAGUUUGGGACAAAGUUAUUAGUGGGUCCUGCAAGAUUCUUGUUUUUGUUGCUGUGGAGAUACUAUUGACUUUUAAAAUGAAGCUAAUAGCAUUGAAUACUGCAGAGAAAAUCACACAGUUUUUGGAAAAUAUCCCUCAAGAUAACACUGAUGCUAUUGUCAGCAAAGCUGUUGAUCUGUGGCGCACUCACUGUGGGACUCCAGUACACUCAGUCUGAGCACUUGCUUCACUUACGACAACUUGGGAAUAAAAGAUAGUAAAAAAGACAUUUUACCACUCUCCCUCCAUUGUUAUGUGAUGUUCUUCUUUUCAUCUUCUGUUUAAAGAUGCCGUUGAAUGAAAUAAUAGCAUGGUGACUGAUAUGUAAAUAUUUUUCAAUAAAUACAGAUGGAA